AUGAAUGAAUUGUUUAAUAAUGUUGAGCAAGUCAUAACAACGAUGUCGAAAAACAAAACAAUGAACGUUGUAAUAUUCAGUAUGAUGUGUUCAGGAGUAAUAUCACUCAUCUGUUUCUUUUCAGCAUUUUUCUUCGACCAAGUCUUGCUCUAUGCCGUCUCUGUACUUUCAUGUCUUACAUUCUGUGUGUUUCUAAGUACUUAUAUGAUUCUUCGAAAUUACAAAUCCAGACCACAUGGCUGUGAUGAAGAAUACAGAGAAGCUCAAUUAAGUCCUUUAGUCAAUUUAACUCAUUUAGAUGAGGACAGAACAUCAGACUUUAAAGUACAAAAGAGUCCAUCGCCUGUAAGAGUAUUAAUGGAGAGUACUACUCUGAUGGAAGACUUCAAAGUGCACAUUCAGAGUGAUGACAAGGAAGAAAUUCAACUUGAAGAUGGUGAUCAGACUCAAAUAGAAGCAGAGGAAGAGACUGAAAACAAAGUCAAAGACUCUUCUUUGACAGAUCAACACAUUUUGGCUUUGAGUAGUGAUAUUGAAAACAACACCCCAAGAGAUAAUACCAAAUUAGAAGAAGACAAAAUACUUGAAGAAAAUGGUAUAACACAAGAAGGGAAAGUCCUGAAAGGCAGUGAAGAGUCCGUUGACUCUAAAGAAGUCGCAAAAGAGUCAACACCACUUCCAAGUCCAGACGAGAAGUUAACGCCCGAGUUAGAAACUGUUUUUAUAGAGAAGAAAACGUGUCACAAAAUUGAUCAAAUAACACUAAAUGACACAACACAUAAGAACAACGUUCAAAUAAUCACUGAUGAUAUCAAAGAUGAGCAACUCAUUAAAACAGCUCAUAGAAAGGUAUUAAGAAAGUUCCGCACAGCGGGAACUAAAACUCUGAAACAGAUCCAAAACAGUCUUAAUGCCAAGACGGAGACUGAAGAGACUGUAACACCACUCGAAAUAUCCCCAAAGAACAACUUAAAUGAAAAUAUGAAAGCCGGUGUAUCUAUUGAUGAGAUCUUCAAGCAGCGAGAGAAGUUUGUAGCGCGACGAGUUGAGAACGAGGCGAACAAUGUUGAGACUGAGUCGGUGCAAGAGGUCAAUCCCAUCAAUUUGAAACGGCUGUUCCAAGUGAAAGGGCAGCGCCGUCCAUAUGUGAAGCAAGUUGAGUGUAGUUUGAAGUCAUUGAACUCUGGCGAUGCGUUUGUGCUUGAUCCGGGAAAGAACAGUGGAGUGAUAUACCAGUGGAAUGGGAAGAAAUGCAAUCGAAUGGAAAAAGGUAAAGCGAUGGAUGUAGCCAAACGGAUUAAAGACAAAGAGCGUGUUGGAAGCAAACAAGUUGUUGUGGACGAAGGCAAAGAAACUGAGCAAUUCUGGACGGCACUUGGUGAACAAGGGGAAGUCAAACUCGAUGAUGGUGUUGUAGAUACUGUUGUAGAAGUGUCGUACGCACAGAGCGUGUCAUUGUUAUGGGUGAAGUAUGAUGUGAUGGGUGACUCCGUAACAAUGGACAAAGUGGUUGAUGCUAGGAAUCGACUGACAAAGAGUCUUCUGGAGAUGACGCAGUGUUACAUUUUAGACACCGAGACGGAGAUGUUUCUCUGGCUAGGGAACAAGUGUUCGUUAAAGAUUCGACAGAAGAUCACGAAGUAUGUAGAGGGGAUGUAUAAUGAGCGAAAGAGCAUGCAGUGGAUGGCGCCAUUAUACAAGGAGUAUCCUGGUGGUGAGAGUGUGAUGUUUAAAGAGCGGUUCAGUGAUUGGGCGAGUGUUCCGAUAGGUGGGAAGGUGGACAUAUCGAGUGGGAAAGGAAUUGAAUAUAAAAAGGGAGUUGGGAUGCAGAAUGGUGUAGAUUAUGACAAGAUGAUGCUACCUCCUACAGAGAAGAAGGAGGUCUUCAUAGACGAUGGGAAUGGGAAUGUUGAUGUGUAUCGCAUCAAUGGGUUCAACAAGGAGAAGGUAGAGCAGAGCGACAAUGGGCGGAUGUACAGUGGAGAGAGUUACAUUGUGGUGUACACGUACAAAGUGUGGGCAAAGGAUAUGGUGCUGCUGUACUUCUGGCAAGGGCGGACGUGUGCUGUUCUUGACAAAGGAACGUGUGCAAGACUGACAGUUGAUCUCCACAAGACGAUUGAGUCCGAAACAAAAGAAAUUCGUGUUGUACAGAACAUGGAGACGCGGCACUUCAUGACGAUGUUCAAUGGGCGACUUGUUGUAGAGAGUGGGAAGUACACGACUGAGACAGCAAAUGUUGUGAUGUAUGACAUCCGUGGUCGUGAAGAGCCAUACAUCAAGGCAGUCCAAGUGAGUGUGUCACCAAACAAAUUGUCGUCGUAUGGCGUAUUCCUUGUGUUGACCACAGACACUGCAUUCAUCUGGAAGGGUCGCCUUCGCAACGAGAAGUACGUUGAAUACGCACACAAUGUCGGAACACACCACACAAGUCUUGCACGUGAACACGUUAUCGAGAUAGAAGAAGGCAGUGAGACAGACGACUUUGUGAAGGCAAUUGGAGGAAAGUCGACUGUGGCGCAGCCGACCGCAAUGUACAAUGACCGGCUGUACCAGUUCACAACAUCAAGUGGUGAGCUGCGCUGUGAAGAGCACGUCAGAUACUCCCAAGACCACUUCAACUCAAACGACGCAAUUCUGCUUGACACGGUUGAUGUGUUGUACAUCUGGGUUGGAAGCAAAUGUGCAGUCCAGACACGAAAACUUGCACUGAGUGCGGCGCUUGAAUAUGUCAAGAAGGGGAAGAGUGAGGAGUUGCGAAAGCGACCAGUCAAGUUGGUCAGUCAAGACAGUGAGCCAUACGUGUUCACAACACAUUUCCAUGGGUGGCAAGAAGGUGCAAAGCAGAAGUGUAGUGUCAACGACAACACACUCGAUGCCGUCGACGAGUACAAGAAGUACUUCAUCAAGUACUCGUACGACGACCUUGUCAACAAGAAGUUCCAAAAAGGCAUCGACGAACAAUCACUCGAGACUUACCUUUCAGACGAAGAAUUCCAAACGGUAUUUGGAAUGACACCAGAGGCCUUCCAAGCUCUCCCAACGUGGAAAAGUGAUGAUUUGAAAAAGAAAUUGCAAUUGUACUAA